AUGGAACGAAUAAUGAGCGUCGAGGUGGUCGUGAGAGACCAAGCUGAUUCCAUUGCUAACGGGUUAGUGCCAGAACUCAUUGAGUCGUAUUUGGACUACUCUACCUCGUGGAGUGUCCAAAAUGCGGCAUGUAGUGGGUAUAUGUCGCUUCUACGGCGAUUGGGCAAACGAAAUGCAGAGAUCACCGAUCAAAGCAUGGACUGGUCCUUGCAAAUUGCAGCGACUGAAGGACGUCUAGAUAUUGUCAAGUGGCUUACGUCUUACCGUCCAAAUGUCAAGAUAUCGACACGCGUGAUGGAUGCAGCAGCCUUGCGGGGACAGUUAAAUGUAGUCAAGUGGCUUCAUAAAAAUAGAAGCGAAGGCUGCUCUGUGCACGCAAUGGACAGUGCAGCAGCAGGAGGUCACGUCAAUGUCAUUCGAUGGCUGCACAUAAAUCGCACCGAAGGUUGUACGACAAGAGCAAUUGAUACGGCUGCAGCUGGGGGUCAUUUGACUACAGUUCAAUGGUUAUGGGCAAACCGAACGGAAGGCUGCACAUCUGUGGCCAUUGAUUUCGCAAUUUACAACGGCCAUUUUGCGGUUGUCCAAUGGUUUAGUAAACUUGCAGAUUUUCAACUACAGACUGCUAACCUUACUACGCCCGAAACGAUUACCAAGAUCAACAGUGGCAAAGCUCAUAUUAAGAAACAUCUUGGUGAUCAAGUGAUAUUUGCUUUGAAUAGGAAAGAUAUGUCUAUACGACGUUAA